GUCGAUCAUGAGUGAACCGUUAUAACAGUGCACGGCUAAGCCACAUCAGAAUGGCUCUACAGCAUGCAUGGAAUCCACCUGCUCUGGCAUUGCUAUCGCUGGUUUUGGUGCUGAGUGCAGAAGGGUCUGUAAGCAGGUGUUGGUCGGGGGGAGAAUGUGCCUGCCUUCUGCACAAGAGCAUUCCUCUCUCCAAACUGAUGGUCAGACAGGCAGAGGGUCUCCUGACUACAUAUAAGAGCAGUCAGGGGGAUUUCUCGGAGAUGUUCUGUAAGCUGCCAGUGAAGGAGGUUCCGAGGGUGGAGAUCACUGGAUACGGAACAGCGGAACGUCUGCGGAACAUUCACGCCACGCUGGGCCUGUUCCGGCAGCACAUCACCAUGGUGCUGGAGGAGCAGAAGAACCUGCAGGAUUGGGAGAACCCCCUGCUGAAGGGGCUCCAGGAUGCCCAGACCUACAUCACCAACCUGGCCGGCAGUGUCAGCAGAAUCCUGCAAACUCUGUUCCCCAACGAGCCCCCUGAGGUGUCCGAAUCCGACCACAGCUCUGUCACCAGCCCGGCCCGGAACAUCUUCCAGCAGAAGAUCUACGGCUGCGCAGUCCUGACCAAUCACAAGGACUUCCUGUCUCACGUGCACCACGAACUUAAGGACCUGAAGUUCAAAGAUCAGACAUGUCUGAGCAGGACGGGGAGGUCACUCAGGGGCGCCAAACGCAGGACCUCCUGAGGGAGGGACAGCACAGGUCCCAGAGACAGAAUACAGGCUCAGAAAUCUCUCCGAGGGUCAUGCUGAGAUAGUCUUUUUACAUAUUUAUCAUUUUCACUUUUUAUGAUUUUAUUUACAUGCAUUUUCCUGUCUGUUCUCUCGAGGAAAUGGACCUGAACGGCUUGAGAACUGUUUGCUUUUUAUUUAUUUAUAUAUUUAAAUAUAUUUAUUUAACAGUGUUUUAUUUACUUUUCAUAGAGUUGGGUAAUACCUAACUGCAGUGUACAGUACUUACAGCCGAAAGAAUGCACUCCUGGGACACCUGUCUUUUGUUUACAGUAUGUACCGUACAAAUCAGCCCGUGGUAAUGAUGUGACAAGGCUCUGUGGUAAUGGUGCGGUCAUGCUGUGGUAAUGUGGCUGCUGUCACCGCUAAAUAAUAGCCACAUUGGCUUUUAGUCUGUCCUUUGAGCUGUCACCAGGAGGCAAUAAUGUUUAUUAAUUGUCUGACCUCUGUGCUGGGAAAUGUCACUGAGGAUGUCUGUCUGUCUGUCUGCCGGAGUGUGAGAAAGGGAACGUCAGUCUGUCUGUCCGUGUAUGUGAAUGUGUGGGUCGGCAGCGAUGCAGAAUCAGCGACCCGGUUAUGCUACUGACCGCUGCGUGUGAGCAGCGGACAGGCAGGUGAUUCGGACUGACUUGUUGCAAUAAAUAUGAUUGUUUUUAUAA